AAGCAAUGUCCAAAAGAUAAGUAGAGCCACCUUUUAGACCAUAAUUAGAAGGAAAGAAAGAUUUACGAUAUUUAGAUCCUGUAAUAAUAAAUUAUAAUAAAAGGAUUUAUUACAAUAAGACAUUAAAUUUGAUGAAAUAUCAGAUAAUUGA